AUGGAUGCUGCUGAAGUUAAAUCAGGGGAUUACCCACCAAGACUUUACCCUGAAGGGUCUUCUAACCUAGAUGGUAAAGUUAUUAAUCACAAUUUCCAUCCAGGGCAUUUCCCCCAUGUUAGAGAAACAAUAGGACUUGAUGUGUGGGAAGAACUGGUGAACUCUCCCAUUGGAGUAGUUGCUAGGCUAGCGGAACGCGAAAGCAUGUGGUCUGGUAGGACCGUGCACUAUCUACUGUGUAAACAGCUGCGAGUUAUAAAGAAGGAGAUAUCAGGUUUAGCUUGCUCGAGUUUGGUGCGUGUGAGGAGAAUUAUUUUGAAGGACUCAAUUGAAGAGAUGUUUUCUAUUUGGCCGGGUGAAGAUGACAACCCACAACUCGUUAGGUUGAUAACAGACAUACAUUCAGGUAGAUUUGUGAAAGGUUUGUGGGAAGUGCAGGGGAAUGCAAAGGGGGAGGGGAAUGAGAAGAAGAGAAUGAAGGGAGGAGUUUCGUCAGAAGCUGAGCCACCCACUAAGAAGCAGAAGAAAGUUAAGACACAGAAUGAGUCUGAAGCUGAUGCAGCGGGAAAGGGUUCUGGCGAGAAGGAAGGUAGUAAAGAGUUGGAGUUGGAGAACAAAGCGACUCUAACGACCAUUGUGAGUACUCUGGAUAUUAUUUCCAGAAAAUUUGAUCAGGUUGACUCACGGUUAGAAGCUUACGAGUUAGACCGGAACAGACCACUGAUGGACCAAAAGACCAUUGAUGACAGGGCUACUAAGGAUGAUAAGGCUACCAAAGAUGAUAAGGCUGCUAAGGAUCCAGCCUAUGGACGCGGCUGCAGGCGCAAGCGUAUUGUUAAGGGUGAGGAUGCCGAUGAGAAGAAAAAAGCAACGCAAGCAGAUGCUGCGUUUAAGAGGAAGGAGAAGGCUGAGACUAAGAAAAAAGCUACUGAGGAUAAGAAAAAAGAGGCUGAAGCUAAGAAAAAAGAGGCUGAAUCUAAGAAAAAAGUACAACCUGAUGUAGAGGACAGUUCAUUGGCUGAUAUAACUGAAGAAGUUGUUGCAGAACAGAACGAAUUCGCGCCGGAGUCUGAUGUCGAGAAUUCUGAAGUGUUUCUUCAUCAGGCAGUUUCUUCAUCAUUAGUUUUUCCGAACGUAGGACAUAAUGGAACGACGUGCAUGAGGAAGAAUGUUACUCCUUCAUCAGCAAUAUAUAACCCUCUAGCGCCUGUUGAUCCGGCGCUAUUGGAGAAACUUAUGCAACACAUCAAGGCAAUUACACCCAAAACACCAGAGCACCAGCAUGUCGUGGUGUAUAUGAACGUCCUCAUUAAAAGGUCCAUGCGAGAGCCCACUCUAUUCUGGUCCAAGCGGAUUGCCUUCGUUGACGUUUGGUGGCAAAGUUAUUUGAUUCACGAUUACGCUCAGUUCAAGAUGAAACCCACAAUGUUUAUGUUCAAAGGCAAUGGUUAUGAAGAUAUGAUAAAUGGUAGGAUUCCCGAUCAUUGUCGAAUAAACUUGAAGUGGUAUGAAGAUGUGGAUCACUUGUACGGAUGUCUUCAAGCCGGCGGAAAUCACUGGGUUGCGUAUCACGUGAAUCUGAAGAAGGAGAAGAUUGAUUGCUACGAUCCAAUCUUUGGAGAGAACGCUAUUUCGUUGCUAGAUGCGCUAUUUGAAGAGAACUUGGGCAAUCGGAGGCGACAAGCCUCCGUGGAUGUUAACAAGAGUCUAGUGUGA